AUGGGGAUGAUGGCAUUGGCAAGAAGUCUUACCCCUAGCACAAGAGCUAGGAAGUUAAUGUUCCCCCUUUUUAUAACCCAGCCAGAACUAUUUGAUUGGAAUAGUGUGGUUUCCCAGCAGUCAGCCACACUAAGACUGGAACAUGCCUUCAACAUCGCCAAAUGUCAGUUAGGCAUAGAAAAGCUUCUUGAUCCUGAAGAUGUUGCUACCACUUACCCAGAUAAGAAGUCCAUCUUAAUGUACAUCACAUCACUCUUUCAAGUUUUGCCUCAACAAGUGAGCAUCGAAGCCAUCCAGGAAGUGGAAAUGUUGCCCAGGCCAUCAAAAGUGACUAGAGAAGAACAUUUUCAAUUACAUCACCAGAUGCAUUAUUCUCAACAGAUCACAGUCAGUCUAGCACAGGGCUAUGAGCAAACUUCUUCAUCUCCUAAACCUCGAUUCAAGAGCUAUGCCUACACACAGGCUGCUUAUGUUGCCACCUCUGAUUCCACACGGAGCCCCUUUCCUUCACAGCAUUUGGAAGCUUCUCAAGAUAAGGCAUUUGGCAGUUCACUGAUGGAGACUGAAGUAAACCUGGAUAGUUACCAAACUGCUUUAGAAGAAGUGCUCUCGUGGCUUCUGUGUGCAGAGGACACACUGCAAGCCCAAGGAGAGAUUUCAAAUGAUGUUGAAAAAGUGAAAGAACAGUUCCAUGCUCAUGAGGGGUUCAUGAUGGAUUUAACAUCCCACCAAGGACGUGUCGGUAAUGUUCUACAGUUAGGAAGUCGAAUAGUUGGAAAAGGAAAAUUAUCUGAAGAUGAAGAAACUGAAGUACAAGAACAAAUGAAUCUCCUAAAUUCAAGAUGGGAGUGCCUCAGGGUAGCUAGCAUGGAAAAGCAAAGCAAUCUACACAAAGUUCUAAUGGAUCUCCAGAAUCAGAAAUUAAAAGAGCUAGACGACUGGCUAACAAAAACAGAAGAGAGAACAAAGAAAAUGGAAGGAGAGCCCUUGGGACCCGAUCUUGAAGACCUAAAAUGCCAAGUACAACAACAUAAGGUGCUUCAAGAAGAUCUAGAGCAGGAACAAGUCAGGGUCAACUCUUUAACUCACAUGGUGGUAGUGGUUGAUGAAUCCAGUGGCGAUCAUGCAACGGCGGCUUUGGAAGAACAACUGAAGGUAUUGGGAGAUCGAUGGGCAAAUAUCUGCAGGUGGACUGAAGAGCGCUGGGUUCUUUUACAAGAUAUUCUUCUAAAAUGGCAGCGUUUUACUGAAGAACAGUGCCGUUUUAGCACAUGGCUUUCAGAAAAAGAAGAUGCAAUGAAGAAGAUUGAAACAAGCGGCUUUAAAGAUCGAAAUGAAAUGGUAUCAAGUCUUCAAAAAAUAUCUAUGUUAAAAAUAGAUCUAGAAAAGAAAAGACAAACCAUGGAAAAACUCAGUUCACUCAACGAAGAUCUCCUUUCAGCACUGAGAAAUAAGUCAGUGACUCAAAAGAUGGAAAUCUGGAUGGAAAACUUUGCACAACGUUGGGAUAAUUUAGCACAAAAACUUGAAAAGAGUUCAACACAAAUUUCACAGGCUGUCACCACCACUCAGCCGUCACUAACACAGACAACUGUAAUGGAAACGGUAACUAUGGUGACCACCAGGGAACAAAUCCUGGUAAAACAUGCCCAAGAGGAACUUCCACCACCACCCCCUCAAAAGAAGAGGCAAAUUACUGUGGAUUCUGAAAUUAGAAAAAGGUGA